AUGGGUGGAGGAGAUCUGAAUUUAAAAAAGUCAUGGCAUCCAUCAACCAUGAAAAAUAUAGAAAAAGUUUGGAAAGCAAAACAACAAGAUAAUCAAGAAAAGAAAAGAAUAGCAGAAUUAAAGCGAGAAAUAGCAAUCGAACGAGAUAAAGAAGAAAUGAAAGCUUUUGCUAUGGAUCAAGGUGUUAUUGAGAAAAAGGAUGACAAGAAAUUAGAUUGGAUGUAUAAGGGACCAAACGAAUCUGUUAAUCGAGAGGAAUAUUUAUUAGGUCGUCCGAUUGACAAGCAAUUUGAACAAAUGGCUCAAACUGAAAAAGAUAUUGAACUAAAUAAGCCUGUUAAAAAUCAUGUUGAACAUGAAUGUAUACCACCAUCCUUGAGAUUCUUUUCAGGAAACGAUCAAGUGGAUUUGGCAAGAAAACUACAAGAAGAUCCUCUCUAUACUAUUAAAAAAAAAGAAUUGGAAACGCGAUCUCAAUUAUUGAAAAAUCCCGUAAAAUUAAAGCAACUGCAACAACUAGUGGCGCAACAAAAAUUAAAAUCCAAAGAUAAUAAAAUGAAGAGAAAGAAAAAAAAGAAGUCAUUGAACGAUUCAGAUGAAAGAGAUGACAAUAAAAGACUGGAUGAUUUAUUAGCUGCUAAAUACAAAAAAUUGAAGGGUAAAAUAAAUGAAGCGGCUCUAAUUAGGUCUGUUAAAAGGCAUAAAAAGAAUAACGUUAAUAAUUUGAGAAAAUCGAAAAAACAUAAAUUAAAGAAGUAUAAAAUAAAAGACAUUGACACUAAGAAAUAUCGCCAUAAAAAUCAUACGGAAAGAGAAAGCAAAGAUUUAAAUAAUACGUAUCAUGAUACAAGGCAUAAGAAAAGAAAAGAAAUGAGUCACGGCGCAUCUUCAAAAAAUUACAGAAAUUACGAUGAAGAAGAUGUUAGCUCAAGACAUAAAUCAAAAAAUUAUGGAUUAAUGAAAGCCGAUGGAACGCGCAUAUCUCCACAUAGAAAGCAAUUAUCAGCGGGAGAAAAUUCAAAUACUGAAACUAAAUCUGUAAAAAAAGAAGAAAGAUGGAUACCUAGUAAGAAACAAAAACUUUCAGAAGAAGAAAAAGAGCGUAAAAGACAAGAAAUGAUGGAUAAUGCGUCGUGGCGAGAUAAAGAACGAAAGCAAAAUGUAAAAAAAUAUGAAGAACAAGAAAGAAAAGAAUUAAUAAAGUCAACAUCGUUUGAUAAAAAUUUCUUGCAAAAGCAUUUGGCAAUUGCCGCCAAUAAGGAAACAGUUGCGUCAAGAAUCAAAUCAAAUAUGAAUAACAUACAAAGAUAUAAGCAUUCUAUGGAUAAGAAUUUUGCCAAAAGAUAACAAAAUCAAAUCUAGUGACGGAUAAUCUCAUAUUAUAUAAUUGUUGUAUACAUUUAUGAGAAAUUUACAUCAA